AUGUACGAGAGCGAAUGUCUUAAAUCCUUGGCCACAAUGCCCAUGAUGCGGAUGCGUUGCUCGGGUGAAUUGGAUGGCUCCUGGCUUCCACUGAAGCAGGAUUGGAGCACUCGCUGGUGCACACUGCCAGAAUUGUACAAGCAGAUGUGCGCGAAACGAAUCCAUAACUUUGAGACUCGUGAGAGCGAUGUGUUUGUGGUGACAUUUAUGAAGAGCGGCACCACUUGGAUGCAGGAGCUGGCCUGGUUGCUACUCAAUCAGCUGGACUUUGAACGUGCCAAGAGCUGCUAUUUGCCGAAACGUAGUCGUUUUAUAGAGAAUCUAGCUAUGAAAACGCCAUUUAUAGAUACAGUAGCUGCCUGUGAGAAGAUGAUCAGUCCACGUCUUAUCAAAUCCCACUUGCCAGCUCAACUGCUGCCUCGUGAGAUUUGGCAAGAAGGUCGUAAAAUAAUUUAUAUAGCCCGAAAUCCCAAAGAUGUUGUUGUAUCUAGCUAUCAUUUUUUGAAUGGCACUACACUCUGGAAGGGGGAUUUGGAUACAUAUGUCGAUGAGUUUGUGAAUGAUCAGAUUGCAUACACCUCCUACUGGUCACAUAUCAUCGACUUUUGGCGAAUGCGCAAUGAACCCAACAUUUUCUUUGUCACCUAUGAGGAAAUGAGACGAGAUCUAAAAGAUGUAAUUGAGAGAUUGUGCAAGUUUUUGGCAGCACCAAGCAUUAAAGAAGAGGAAAUGAAUCAACUGCUACAUCAUUUGUCUUUUGAGAGCAUGAAAGAAAGCAAUUAUAAUAACCUGACAGGACGAUUAAAGCAAAAGUUAACUACGACUGAAGAUUUUGAAUUUAUGCGACGUGGUAUUGUGGGUUCUUAUAAGGAUGAGCUAAAUAUAGUGCAUAAAGAAAAAUUGGAUAAAUGGACAAACGAGUUUUUGAAGGAGCAUGGUCUGAUUGAGUCCGACAUAUUUGGUGAAAUAUAG